AUGCAUCGAGACAAGCGUUUUGCAUGCCGAAAUGUGGUCUUCCUGGGGCAUUUUACGGAUUUCAAAGAUAAGGAAAAAGUACUGAUUGAAACUACUGGUAAUUGCCAUGCCCUGACGCUCCCCAGUCUCAUGACGGCAUCACUGUCAAACGGACAAGACAAAGUUACCGCUCGUAUGAUGAAUCUGAGAGCCAUUGACUUCCCUGGUCUGGACGUUCACAACAGCAUGUACUUUGAGGUGCGUACCAAGCUCGCCGGGGCAGCAGUAAAUAACCAGAAUACCCGUAUCGAAGAACGAUUUCAAGCGCUCGAAACCUCUAUAACGAAUCUUUACCGAAAGGUCAACGAGGCUCUCCUCGCCAUCUUCCAGAGACUGAGCCACGCCAACGAAGGCGCCGAGUCCCUGAGAGCGCAAUGCAGCAUCCCUUAUGUCAAUGGUUCCCUGCUGCAGGGAAGCAGUGGUUGUCUGUGGAAACCCACAGGCCAUCAUGCUGUCUCGCCUUCAUCCGAACGUCUGCUUGGCAGACAAUACUGGUGA